AUGCAGAUCUGGUACAUGGAGCCUUUCCCGUGUGGCGACAAAAGAUUGCCUCAUCAUGUGUUCCCUCCAAAGUUCAUCAGCAUCGACCAGUUGAUGCAGAUUUCCGGAGUUGUCCAUUACAAGGUGAGUUUCUGAGGAACAGCUGGAAAAUUUGAAAUGGUAGCCUAGCGAAUCGAAAACGAGUGAAAGGUAGCCUCAAAAAUGUCAUAUCUUUGAGAAAUGUUUGUCUAAAACGGGCAUCAGUCACAGAAAUCUUUGGUCUACACAUUGCAGGUUCAGUCGAGAACAGUCGUUGCAAACAAGAUUCAUACAUUUGAAAACGAAGAUAGAAGAUCAAAGACACAACGCUUUUCGUACUAAAAGGUACAUUUUUUGUCUAGUAACUACUCCACGCGUAUAUAUUUAGGCCAUCAUAAAAACGCAAAAUUGCGAAUUUUCGGGAGUUUUUGAGAAGCUCUGUGACUUGAGCAAUAAAUAUUUUCCGUUAAUGUAAGCCGAUAUUGCGCCCUGAGCAACAAGCCAGUAAUAGACCUAACAUGUAUACAAAGUUCCAAAAAAAACUGGCAGUCUGUGCUCAUUAUUUUCCCGACAGCUGAUAGCAAAACUUAUCUUGCAUUCGAUAAACCAUUAUCACUUUUGCGCUCACUCUCGUCAUUGUUUUCAGGUCGACCUGAAGGAUACGGUAGCGAUGAAGAAGCGGCUGUCUCGAGUCCGCAACGAAACCGGUUACACCAAGUCGGACAUUCUCACGCUGAACGAAGAGAUCAACGGAUUCGCGGAGAAGCUGGACGACCUCUACGAGCCCGUGAACAACGACAACGAGGAGAUGCUGUGCAUGGUGCUGGAGGGCGGCCUCUACUGCGACGUGGAGAUCGAUGAGGACGAGUGGAUUCGAAUUCAUAUGGAGGACGGCGACUUGAUUGUUGUGCCGAAAGGAAGAGCGUACAGAUACACCACGACUUCCAAGAAUUUUGUGCGUCUUCAGAGAUUCGCCAGAAGAUGCGACGAGGUUGCUCAGGGAUGA